UAUUAACUUGCAUAGAAAAAAAAAUCGUUUGUGAAAGCCCCUUAAGAUAAUGACUGAUCAAAGUUUAUUAGUACUUCUACACCAAGAACUUGCUGAUUUAAAUCACAACAAUAUGGUCUAAAUGGAUUAUUUGCCAUUGGUCUUUAUAUAGCACUAACAAUUCUUUUAGAAUAAAUAAUACUAGAUUAAUGUUAAAAGAAGUAUUGGUGUUAGUCCAGUGUCUUCUCUAAUCAAGUCACCAUUAGAACUUUUGUUAAAUAGUGGAUAAGAUUUUAUGUGUAUUUUUCUCUUGUUAUAUUGGUGGUCUAAAACGGCGGCGUGUUAACUGGAGUUUGGUAACUUAAUCCUCCAAACGAAUAUAAAAAACAGAGAAAGGCGCUUGGGAAAAUAUGAAAGGCUUAGAAAUGGUGGUGACGUCUUUCUCUUCAACGCCGCCCAUCUUCUUCUCCUCCCUUGGAGCUGCUGAUCCUCAAGUUUCUUCUUCCAGUCUCCGUGGACGCUUCACGAUUCAUUUGACUCCCUCUUCCUCUUCUCUACUGACCGUUUUACGAGGACUCUGAUUGGAGCCGGUGAAGUCAAAAAUGGUGUUUAUGUUUAUCGGGAUGUCACAGUGAGAAGAGGUCACAGAGUCAAGGCGUCGGAAGAUCAGGUUGUGUGGCAUCGUCGUCUGGGGCAUCCUGCUUAUGGUGUUUUGAGUUUUUUACCUUUUGUUGCUGGUUUUAAAGAUGUUUCAAAUAAGUUUGGAGGAUGUGAUAUUUGUUUCCAGUCCAAACAAACAAGAGAAGUGUUUUCAGAAAGUCUUAAUAAAAGUUCUUCUUCAUUUGAGUUAAUACAUGUAGACCUUUGGGGUCCUUAUCGCAAGCCGUCGUCUUGUGGAGCAGUGUAUUUCUUGACCAUAGUAGAUGACUUUUCCAGGGCUGUUUGGGUUCAUCUCUUACUGGAGAAAGGUGAAGUCAAAACAGUUCUUCCGAACUUUAUAGCUCUUGCGGCUCGUCAGUUCGGGAAGACAGUCAGGACCGUGAGGAGUGAUAACGGGACUGAGUUUAUGUGUUUAUCGAAGUAUUUUGCAGAGGCAGGUAUUGUGCAUCAGACAUCUUGCGUGGGGACGCCUCAGCAAAAUGGUCGUGUGGAGAGGAAGCAUCGGCAUAUUUUAAAUGUGGCAAGAUCGAUUUUGUUUCAGGCUGAUCUCCCGGUUCGGUUUUGGGGAGAGAGUGUGUUAACGGCGGCCUAUCUUAUUAACAGGACGCCAACGAAGUUGCUAAAAGGGAAGACGCCGUAUGAAUGCUUGUUUGGGAAUCCUCCAUCGUAUGGUGAUAUCAAGACGUUUGGGUGUUUGUGCUUUGCUCAUAAGGCAAGAAGGGAUAAAGACAAAUUCGGUGUACGGAGUGUGAAGUGUGUCUUUGUGGGCUAUCCAUUUGCUAAGAAGGGUUGGAAACUUUAUGAUUUGGAGAAGAAGGAGUUCUUUGUGUCAAGGGAUGUUGUUUUUGAUGAAGAAAAGUUUCCUUUUGCGGAGAAGAAGUUAAAAGAUGCACCUAUUGUUCUUCCACCUAGCGUUGCGCAUUGUGAUGAAGAAGAAGUCAGGGAGACUGUGAUUAUGACGGAAAGGGGGAGAAGUGAGCAACCUGUAUCAGGUGAUGUCUCAGAAACAGAGACAAGCGAGGUGAGUGUGGAGAAACAGAGCGAGACAGAGGAGCAGUUAAAACAGAGCGAGACAGAGGAACAGUUGGGUCGUGGUCAUCGUAAGGCUACUCCGUCGGUGAGAUUGCGCGACUAUGUUUCGUAUAAUGCUCAGGCGCCUCCUGAGUCUCCUGAUAAACAUAACACUAUUACCGGUCUCACGUCAGAGGCCUCUGCAGAUCGGUCAGGUAAGACACAUAGCUUGUAUCCUAUAACCGAUUAUGUUUGUGAUGAUUUCUUCUCAGAUCAUCAUCAAGCUUUCUUGGCUGCGGUUAGUGCUGGUGUGAUUCCUCGUAAUUAUAAAGAAGCUUUUGCAGAUGAGAGAUGGAACAAGGCAGUGAAAGGAGAAGUAACUGCUCUUGAGUUGAAUCGCACAUGGGAUGUAGUUGAUCUACCGAGUGGGAAGAAAGCUAUAGGAAGCAAAUGGGUGUUCACUAUAAAGUACAAUGCUGAUGGUUCGAUAGAAAGAUACAAGGCUAGGCUCGUCUGUUGUGGUAAUCAUCAAGUAGAAGGAGAAGAUUAUGAAGAAACUUUUGCUCCGGUAGCAAAGAUGGAUACGGUGCGGACACUACUAGAGGUAGCUGCAGCUAAGAACUGGGAGGUGCACCAGAUGGAUGUGCAUAAUGCUUUUCUCCAAGGAGACUUAGAGGAGGAAGUUUACAUGAGACUACCACCAGGAUUUCACUCAGACGAUCCUAAUAAAGUUUGUAGGUUGAGGAAGUCUUUGUACGGAUUGAAGCAGGCGCCAAGAUGUUGGUUUGAGAAGUUGUCGGAUGCACUUAAGAGGCUUGGUUUUGAGCAAUCAUAUGAAGACUACUCAUUGUUCUUUUUCGUUAAGGGGGAGAAGAGUAUACGGGUUCUAUGUUAUGUAGAUGACUUGAUCAUUGCAGGAAAUGAUCUUGAGUUGAUUGAGAGGUUUAAGAAGCGUUUGAGUGAGACAUUUCACAUGAAAGAUCUUGGGAAGGCUAAGUAUUUUCUGGGUAUAGAGAUAGCAAGAGGACCACUGGGUAUGUAUCUCUCUCAAAGGAAGUAUGCAUUAGAUAUAAUCAACGAGGCGGGAUUGCUCGGGUGUAAGCCUGCGACAACUCCGAUGGAAGUAAAUCAUCAUCUUCUGCGCGAUAAGAGCCCAUUGUUGACGAAUCCAGCAAAGUUUCGGAGAGUGAUUGGGCGUUUGGUGUACUUGACAGUGACGAGACCUGACUUGAGUUACUCUGUUCAUGUUCUUUCUCAGGUUAUGCACGAGCCAAGAGAAGCUCACUGGGAUGCAGCUAUGAGAGUUAUAAGAUAUCUCAAGGGUUCUCCGGGUCAAGGGAUAAUGUUGAAAGCAGAUAGUGAUUUGCGUAUACGAGCAUAUUGUGAUUCUGACUGGGCUUCAUGCCCACGCACACGGAGGUCACUUUCCGCUUACAUGGUAUUGUUAGGAGAUUCACCGAUCGCGUGGAAGACGAAGAAACAGGAUACUGUGUCCCAUUCUUCCGCUGAAGCAGAGUAUAGGGCAAUGUCAGAUGCCUUGAAGGAGCUUACGUGGUUAAAGAGAUUGUUGGCUGAUCUUGGUGUACGACAUGAGGAUCCUAUGGACUUGUUUUGUGAUAGCAAGUCCGCAAUCUAUAUCGCAGCAAACCCAGUGUUUCACGAGCGUACGAAACAUGUGGAGAAGGAUUGUCACAGUGUUAGAGAUGCGGUGAAAGCCAAGCUUAUAGCUACACGGCAUGUACGGACGACUGAGCAGUUAGCAGAUAUAUUAACCAAGGCGUUGGGGAGCUCGUCUUUCAGUUACUUGUUAUCCAAGUUUGGAGUGUGCGAUCUCCACGCUCCAACUUGAGGGGGAGUGUUAGAGGAGGUUCUAGAGUAGAACCGACAUUGGGUUAACCGGAGUAUAUUCGGUAUUGUCGAUAACUAUAAGUUAGUUAGAGAUAAGCCUAUGGUUGUUGUAUAGAUAAGGCUAAAGAGAUAUUCUAGAGAUCCUGUUCUCUAAGUAUAUAUGUGUUGUACGUAAUCUCUGUGAAUGAUAAGGAUUCUUCAAGUAUCUCUGUUGUCUUUCAUCUUUCCUAUGUUUGGUUAACAUUUUUGUUUUCUUUGAAAAGGUUUAAUUGGAUGUGUUUCACUGUACAUAAUAUCCUUACUUGUGAUGUGAACGUUUUUGCUCUUGCGUUUGGGAUACGUUUACUUGUUGUUGGUGACCAUCUCAUUCACAUUCUUUGGUGUACUGUUUAACUUAAAGUUUGGCAUACCUAAUUUGGUCGUUUUUAUUCAUGACAUAAGCAUUCCUCUUAUUCCGCAUUGCUUGUCCUGUGUUUGUUCCCUUGUAUUCCAUUUCCAGCCUCCUCUCUUGAAUUAUUUUACGACAUUUUGUCUUUUUAUGAAGGUAAUAACAUCAUUAGGUUAGAGAGUAUCCAAGCUUGGUUUUUAAUAUUAUUUUCCCAUAAAGGGACUAAGAAGACACCAAGAUGCAACAAGAGCCAGAGGUGGAGCAGUUCGGGUCUUAGCAAAUCCAAAUGCAUCAUCUCCUCCUCCAGGAAAAGUAAAGGCGAAAAAGGAGGUGAUCAUGGUAGACCCUCUUGAGG